AUGCAGUUCUCGAAGCAUACAUUACCCCUUCUUUGCCUUUAUGGCACGGUUGCACUUGCCGACUUUCUGACAGGAACCUACCCAGCUCCUCUGGAUCUGAGCAGUAACAAAAGUAUUGUGACUCAAAGUUGGAAGAAUCUUACUACGGCGCUUGACGGAUAUCUCAAGCAGAAUGAGACUGCCGGUCUCGAAUCUCUUUCAGGAGUUGAGAAUCUCACUUUCUCUCUUGGCGUGUUUUCCCUACACGAUCCUGCUGCGACAAAACUACAAUACCACUAUGCAUCUCCAGAGACCGUCAAUGCUGUCAAUGGCACCAACGAGGUCGACGCAGAUAGUAUUUAUCGAAUGGCGAGUGUGACAAAACUCAUCACGGUUUUUGCUGGGAUGCUAGAGCUGACCGAAGCACAAUGGAAUACGCCACUGAGCGAUGUUUUCCCAAUUCUGGGCCAAUACGCCCAAGAACACGCUGGAGAAACGGAUCCUCUUGCAACAACUCAAUGGGAAAGUGUCACUGCAUGGUCUCUUGCCAAUCAACAGUCUGGAAUCGCAGGUGGAGGUAUCGCUGGCCUUGACAACCUCCUAACCCUCAUUGCGGCGGGAAAACCAGAGGCUCUGGUUGAUGCUUACAGCUUCUUCCCUGUGAACAUCGCUGAACUAGGUCCAUGUUGGACAGGGACAGAUCCUUCUGCCUGCACUACCGAUGCCAUCAUCAAGGAUGCGAGCUCUUUGUCACCCAACUUCUUACCAUGGACCAGUCCAAGCUACAACAAUGCUGGAUUUGUCAUGCUCGGUUUGGCGAUUUCUGCUCUAGCAGGGAAACCCAUAGAUGAUAUCUACAGCAAUUUAAUUUUCACGCCUCUUGGGAUGAAUUCAUCGCGAUCAAGUAACAUUUUACCGACCAGCAAAGAAGAAAUCGACCGUUCCGUCGUGGUUGGUGAUCCAACGCAAUGGUUCACUGCUGGAGGGCCAACUACACCGUCCGGUGGUCUCCUGAGUACCAUAAACGACUUGUCAAAGUUUGGCAUCAAUCUCCUCAAUUCGACCCUCUUACCCAAGACGUCAACUCACAAAUGGAUAAAGCCUUCUUCAUUUACCUCAAGUUUGAACUACGCAGUCGGUGCACCAUGGGAGAUAUAUCGUUACAUCCAUCCGUCGACUGGAAAGAUCACCGAUCUCUACACCAAGCUCGGUGAUUCUGGACCAUACGGUGGUAUACUAGUACUGAUCCCCGAGUACGACGCCGGCUUCUCCCUUCUUGAUGGUGCGACGAAUGCGACACUACGAAGUAGUUCAGCACUCAAAGUCCUAGACAGCGUGGCGGAAGUGUUGAUUCCCGCACUAGAAGCACAAGCCGCCGCCGAAGCAGUCCUCAACUUCGUCGGCACCUACGUCUCGACUGAUCCCAAGAUCAACUCCUCACUGACCGUCUCCUUCAACGAAUCGACCGUCCCAGGCAGCGUAUCAGGCCUUAGCCUGUCAGGCUGGAUCUCAAAUGGCACUGACCCGACGGAGAUCUUCGUCGGUGUGGUCCCGAGACUUCUCCCCACAAUCUCCAACCGAUCGGACGGGCCAGGCCAGGUGACGCUGAGAGCUUCAACAAGCCCACAGCUAAGUACUUACGCCGCCGCAAGUGACCUGGGUAUCGGGAUCUUCACAGGUUUUGUCGAGACAAACGGCGAUUGGCUGAACACAGAUUCGUUUAGCCAGUACUACGAUGGAGUUGCUAUCAACCGGUUUGUCUUCGAUGUGGAUGCGGAUGGGAAAGCUGUGGCGGUGACGCCAUCUGCGACGAAAAUCAAGCUGGAGAGAACAGCUGAGAAGUGA